GUCAGAAUUGUUUUCCGUAAUCUUUCGAGGUUAUGGAACUCACAGAUCUCACAAAUACUACGAGAUAUUAGAAGUUUCACCAGAUUGCUCGCAAAAAGAAAUAAGAAGAUCCUUUAUUGCGUUAUCGAAAAAAUUUCAUCCUGAUAUCAUGGGAAAAGAGGGACAUGAUAAAUUUGUAGCGUUGCAAGAAGCUUACAAUGUCCUCAGCAAGGAACAUACAAGAAAACAAUAUGACAUGAGUUUAAAAUAUAAUACUUAUUCGUCAUUUUAUCCUGACCAUAAUCCAAAAGCAGACCAUUACCAUGUUUACAGAUCACGUAGAGAAUGGGAAGAGCAUAUGGCAAGAGGAAACUGGCAACCAAAUUACAAUAAUAAAGAACAAAAAAAUAUAAAUUCUGAGCUAUUAAUUUAUAUUGUAUUUGGGAUAUUUUUAAUAAUUUUUCAAUUGAUAAUUGUUCAACAAGGAUUACUUAGUAGAAUUGAUCUGAUGCAAAUGAAAUAUCAAAAAGAAUAUAACGCAAUACGACAAAAGGUGAAAAAUCUUACGUUUGAAGAGCAGAUGGAUCUUGUGAAAGAAAAAAUGAGGAUACACGAGGAACAAGAGAAUAGAAGAAAAUUUGAUGAUAAGAAGUAAAUAUAUUAUUUUAGAAAGAGUCAUUACAAUAGUUGGUCGUACAAAUAUUAUUAUAUAGUUUAAAGAAUACAUUCGUAUUGCUUAACGUGUGAUAUUAAAUAUAAAUUAUAAUGCAAGAUAUCUGAUAUAUGUAGUAUACAUAGCAAAAUUCAUGAAUACACAAAAGUGUUUAUGAACUAA